CGUAGACAUCGGUAACACAUUGGGACAGACUGAACUGCGCGGCAAAAGAAGGGGGACACAAACAAAAACAUGUGGCUGAGGCUUUGAGAAAACAGCACUGCAGGUGAGGAGAACAUCUGGCUUGUGACAGACAGUCGACACCAUGGGUUUACACUCAGCCCAGAAGAAGCACUUUCCCCUGCGGGGGAUUGAUGGUGUGGUUCAGCUGUUUGAUGCUGAGCUCCGCAAGUCUGAGCCGGACCUGGCCCUUCUUUCCCUGGUCCUGGGUUUUGUUGAGCACUUCCUGGCUGUGAACCGAGUUAUCCCCAUAAACGUUCCAGGAGUGCGGUUUGAACCGCUGGAGCCAGACUGUCCUACCUCCUGCUUCCCCACAGUGGAGCUGGGCAUGAUCUCUGCACUGUAUGAGCGGUUCACGGCCCAGAUCCGUGGAGCAGUGGAUCUGUCCCAGUACCGGAGGACUGCUGCUGGGUCCAGCAGGGAGCUGGUAAAGAAAGUGUCAGAUGUGAUCUGGAACAGUCUCAGCCGCUCAUACUUCAAGGACCGGGCCCACAUCCAGUCCCUCUUCAGUCUCAUCACUGGUACCAAAUUAGACAGCUCUGGGGUGGCGUUUGCUGUGGUGGCGGCCUGCCAGGUCCUCGGUCUGAAGGAUGUCCACCUGGCACUGUCCGAAGACCACGCCUGGGUGAUUUUUGGCAAAAACGGUGAAGAGACAGCAGAGGUCACCUGGCACGGAAAGGGCAACGAGGACCGACGAGGACAAACGGUCACAGCUGGAGUCAGUGAGAAAAGCUGGCUCUAUCUGAAGGGCUCCUACAUGAAAUGUGACAGAAACAUGGAGGUGGCCUUCAUGGUCUGUGCUAUCAACCCCUCACUGGACCUACACACUGACAGCUCUGAGCUGCUGCAGCUACAACAGAAACUCCUGUGGUUGCUGUAUGAGCGAGGCGACCUGGACAGGUAUCCCAUGGCCAUGGGCACUCUGGCAGACCUCGAGGACCAGGAUCCGAUCCCAGGCAAAGAGAGCCCCCUGAAAAUCCACCUCAAGGCUGUGAGUUCUGCUCAGAGGCAUUACAACAACGAGCACAUCUACCCCUACAUGUACCUCGCCGGGUUCCACUACAGACACAGGGACGUGCAGGAGGCGCUGAGGUCCUGGGCCGAGGCCGCUCAGGUCAUGCAGGAGUAUAAUUAUUUCCGUGAGGACGAGGAGAUCUACAAAGAGUUCUUUGACAUCGCAAACGAUGUGAUCCCCACUCUGCUGAAGGAGACCGCUGUUUCAGAGAGUCCUGGGGAGGGAGGGGAGGGAGGAGACGGAGGAGCUGACAAGGAGCACCCCAAACAGGCUGCAGCCUUCUCAGCACUCCAGGACCCAGAAUGCUUUGCCCACCUGCUGCGUUUCUAUGACGGCAUCUGCAAAUGGGAGGAGGGCAGUCCCACACCGGUACUUCAUGUGGGCUGGGCCACCUACCUGGUCCAGUCUCUGAGCCGCUUUGAAGCUCAGGUGCGUCAGAAGGUGUCCAUCAUCACCAAAGAGCCAGAGUCCCAGGACGAUGACGACCAGUCCAGUGACGACCCCCGGGAGGGCCGCAGACGAGGCCCCAGGAGGGAAUCCAAGCUAGAGGAGCAGAACUCUCCUCCUUCUGCUGCCCCCACCUCCCCACCCACUCAGCUAGCAGCAGCAGCAGCAGCAACAACUGCAGCGACUCAACUCAAGAAGGUGGGCGAGGGAGGGGGCCGCCGCCGCUCCUCCCAGGGCCUGCGGGGCGGUGAUGCCGAAGGAAAACCCAAGUCCCCCAGCCCGGACUCUGCAUCCUCACCCUCAUCCCAGCAGCAGGCGUCCCCCUCCCUCGUCGGUCCCGUCGUCGUCUUCCAGAGCGAGAAGAUGAAGGGGAUGAAGGAGCUCCUGUGUGCGGCCAAGGUGAACUCCAGCGCCAUCAAGCUGCAGCUCACCGCCCAGUCCCAGGUCCAGAUGAAGAGACAGAAGAGCACGCCUGCCGGGGAUUACUCCAUGUCCUUCAUGAAGCGGCAGCGCAAGUCGCUGUAGGCGCGGGGACUGCUGUGGGCGGAGAUGUAGAUCCUGUACGACAUACUGUGAACACGGACACAUGAUUAACCUAUCUUCUGUUUGUGAACCUUCUCAUCCAGAGGUGGAUUAGUUCCCAGCAAUAGAUCUGACCUGCACAGAUGAUGUUGAGUUUAAUGUCACAUAUCAGGUUUGAACUGAAGGAACAUGUCACUGUUUUUCUUUUCUGGGAGCUGCCUGGUUUGAUAGAUUGUAACCUUCACUCAUUAGUUUGUGUUUUGAUUGGCAGCCAAUUGCACACUGACUAUUAACUUCUCAUUGACUUGUCUGUGGAUGUUUGAAGCCAAAGUAACGAGGACGACCAGAACUCAGCGUACAGAUGUGUAAAUAUCAACCAUUAGGAACCUGCUCAUGACUGAAGCCUUGGAAGUGAUUAAUUUAGGAUAGUUACUGUGUAACAUUGUCCACCUCUGCUCUAUCGACAGCUUCUUUCUUGCUAGCUCUAUGUUGCCUUACUUUGCUUUUGCUCUUUUCUAAAGUAGGUGGCCUUUAGUUUUGAGAGUAGCUGAGCUGGGCCAGUUUUUAAGGUGUUAGAGAAGACCAGGAAGACCAUGCACUGUUGAGACAGAGUCACAUUAGGUGGCCCUGCUACAUCCUAUUUGCUUGAUGAUUUGUCGUUUUUGUUCUUGUUUUGUAUCUGCAAGUAAUAAAGACCUGA